UGACCUGCACGUCAUCAUCUGCUGGGAAACCAGACAGACCUUAACCUGCUCUCAGAUCCACGCGUGCACACUGAGCCAUGUCAGGAGCCACAGAGGUCCACGGCGUGCACGUUAAGACACAUUCUGACAAUAUUACAAUAAUUAAUUCAUAAUUAACCACGCGCCGUUUUCUGUCUGUUUAACUGCGCUCCAUGCGCGUGCCACGGCUGGGCUCGGCUAACACUGCAGGGGGCUGCUAGCAGCCUGUCAGCGGGAGCAGGUCACACACACGAACCGUCGGGACACGGAGGACGGCCGCUUCCAGCUGCCUGCAGCCUGCUGUGGCGGACACCAGGCGUCGUUUUAGCGGGGGGUUCGCGGUCGUAGCGGUGCAUGCCGUCGAGUUAGCGACGUUACGAGCCUUCUUGUUGAAACUCGCAGCAUCAGCACCUAACCAGCCGGUUAGCCCUUCACAGGCGCAGUAGCAGCUAACGUAGCUUAGCUGAGUUAGCUGUUGGCAGACCGGGAUACCCCCGCGGAAGAGCUUCCAACAUGAGACUCAAAGUAGGCUUUAUCCUACGGAGUCUGCUCGUCGUCGGGACGUUUCUCGGCUUGGUGGUCCUCUGGUCUUCUCUGUCACCGAAACCCAACGACGGAAACCCUUUUGGAAAACGGGAUGACAGCUCACUGCCCAAAGGAGACCCAGCAGAUCAGUUUAAGCCCGUGGUGCCGUGGCCUCAUGUGGAGGGGGUGGAGGUCGACCUCAACUCCAUCAGACUCAAACACGGAGUAGCGGACAAUCCCAAGAACCCUGACCAGCAGCCCAACCAGAAUCAGGUGAUCCAGCAGCAGUAUGUGACGUUCAAACCGCACACCCACGCCUAUUCCAGCCCUAUCUUGAAGAAAGGCAUCCUGGGCAACUUUGAGCCCAAGGAACCUGAGCCUCAGGGCGUCCCUGGCGGACCUGGGGAGGGAGCCAAACCUUUUGUCCUGGGCCCAGAGUACAAAGACUCUGUCCAGGCUUCCAUCAAGGAGUUUGGCUUCAACAUGGUGGCUAGUGACAUGAUCUCGUUGGACAGAACCAUCAGCGAUAUACGACAUGAAGAGUGCAAGUUCUGGCAUUACGACGACAGACUGCUGACCUCCAGUGUGAUCAUAGUCUUCCAUAAUGAAGGCUGGUCGACGCUGAUGCGAACCAUCCACAGUGUGAUUAAGAGGACCCCCAGAAGAUACCUGGCUGAGAUCGUCAUGAUCGACGACUUCAGCAACAAAGCCCAUCUGAAGGAGCGUUUGGAAGACUACAUCAAGCAGUGGAACGGUUUGGUAAAACUCUUCAGAAAUGAGAAGAGAGAAGGACUGAUCCAGGCCAGGAGUAUAGGAGCCCACAAGGCCACUAAAGGACAGGUGCUGAUCUACCUGGAUGCUCACUGUGAGGUUGGAGUCAACUGGUAUGCUCCUCUGGUUGCCCCAAUUUCAAAAGACAGAACGGUGUGCACGGUGCCUCUGAUCGACUCCAUCCACGGCCAGAAGUUCACCAUCGAGCCCCAGGGUGGAGGAGACAACGACGGCUUCGCUAGAGGAGCCUGGGACUGGAGCAUGCUCUGGAAGAGAGUUCCUCUGGGAGACAAAGAAAAAAAACAGAGAAAAUGUCAGACUGAGCCAUAUAGGUCUCCAGCCAUGGCCGGUGGUCUCUUUGCUAUAGAGAGAGAGUACUUCUUUGAGCUGGGUCUAUAUGACCCUGGACUGCAGAUAUGGGGAGGAGAGAAUUUUGAAAUAUCAUACAAGAUCUGGCAGUGUGGUGGACAGCUGCUCUUUGUACCGUGUUCUCGUGUUGGCCAUAUCUACAGACUUCAAGGAUGGCAAGGCAACCCUCCACCUGCACACGUUGGAUCAUCACCCACUCUGAAGAACUAUGUUCGGGUGGUGGAGGUAUGGUGGGACGAAUAUAAGGACUACUUCUACGCCAGUCGUCCUGAAACUCUCACUCUUGCCUACGGAGACAUCUCUGAGCUUAAACGCUUCAGGGAGGAACAUCGAUGCAAGAGCUUCAAGUGGUUCAUGGAGGAAAUCGCAUACGACAUUCCACUGCACUACCCUCUGCCUCCUAAAAAUGUAGAAUGGGGGGAGAUCCGAGGCUUUGAGACCAGUUACUGUAUUGACAGUAUGGGACACACCAAUGGAGGCAAUGUGGAAAUAGGACCUUGCCACAGGAUGGGGGGCAACCAGCUGUUCCGUAUCAAUGAAGCCAACCAGUUGAUGCAGUACGAUCAGUGUUUGACCAGAGGAGGCGAUAACUCAGCUGUCAUCAUCACACACUGUGAGCAGAACCAGCACACUGAGUGGAAGUACUUCAAGGAUCUCCAUCGCUUCACUCAUGUGCCAACAGGGAAAUGUCUGGACCGCUCCGACCUGCUACACAAAGUGUUCAUAUCAGACUGUGACACCAGUAAAACCACUCAGAAAUGGGAGAUGAACAACAUAGUGGCUGUAUGAGGAAGACUGGAAGCUUAGGAGGAAACCAUGGCGACUGUAUGAGGACAUACACACUGAUUAACACACGCCAAGAAAACACAUCCAUACCUAUAAGUUUACAGAUAUAUCGAGCUGAUACUGUCCUUGAAAAGAAAAAAAAGUUUUUUUGAUAUGAGCCAGGCGUUGUCGGUGCACCUCCAACAUGACAGAGUCAAAACGGUCCAAUUGAAAGAUACUGCGUAUCGACUAUUAACAGCUUCAACCCAAAAUUGUUGAUUAUCAGCCAAAAUAUGCCUUUAAACUUUGGUCCAUGCGGUCAUGCAUCUCACUGACACACGACACUCCAGAUGACAGAAGUGUUUGGUGUGGAGGCUGAACUGGAAACAUGUUGGGCUCUGUCUGUCUGUCGUGUUUACACGCCGUCUCUCUCUCUCUCUUCUUUUGGGCUCUCAGGUCUUUUCUAAACCACUACAUUGAUUUCUGAUGAAUCACAUCAACUCCAACUAUUGAACACUCAUGCUCUUUGUUAGACGUUUUGAAUCUCACUCUCCAAAGAGUCCUUUUUUUUAAUUGGUGGAGGAUUCUAUGGUAUCAUCAGUGUGUUGGUACAUACACUGGCUGGCAUAAUGCUUGCUUCUGUCUGCGAGUCAGGUUAAGAUUCAGGCAGGAAUAGUGAGUUAGAAUAGGAUGUCAGAAACGGCAUUUAUGAAUAUUAAAGAACACUCUGCGUGUAACUGUAACAAUCAACAUCCUGUCAGUCAGUCAUCUGUUUCUAAAGAGCACGUCAGUCAAAAUGCAUCAAACCAGACAGCAGAUCUAGAGGCUGUGACAUAUUGUAUUAUAUUUGUUGUUUUCCUCCACAUUUGCACUCCUAAACAGCCUCUUCUAGUUUUAAUUUAACGUAAUAAUCUGAGGCUGACUCUAGUUAACGAAUCAGCAGAAAGUCUGACCAGGACACAAAAAAGAAAUCAAGAACUCCUCGUGUCCUCCUACAUGAAGCUCCACACAGCAUUGAGUUUCUCAUUCCCAGCGUCUGAAAUCAGCACUCCAAGAAAAUGCUUUUAAACAGCCAACAUGAGUAGAACUCUAUUUUCUUAACUUUGAUUGGCUCUCUCACUGUCUUCCAUUGGCUUGAAUUCAUCCGUCAACGUCUACAGAUGCUGAGAUCCUUUAGAGGAACUUCAACAUGUCAAGUAGAGCACAUCUUUAAGAGCAGUGAUCUGACUGAGCGAGGACUUCUGAACUGCCUGCCUUACUGACAGUCUUGAUGAGUAAUUCAGUAGCUGACCAGUUGACUGUGACUUAGUAACUGCCUGUCUGGACAUAGGAAAAAAAAUCACUGGGUUGUUGGAGUGGGAAAUGAUACCAGUGACAAAUAUCAAACUUUAUGGUGGGGAAACGACAAAUGAAGAAAAUGUGACGGCUUUUUUUGUUUUUGUUUUUUUGCAAGGGGACAAGGGUUUAGUGUAUGGAUGAUCAUGUAUGCAAUGUUUUGUACAAUGUAAAUAGAUUUCUUUGUAAAGACGAUCAUGAUGCAUUUUGUGAAGGGCCUUGAAUAUGUUGUAAAUAUCUAACUUAAAGCAGAGAUUUAAUAUGGACUGAACAGUGGGUGAUUGAGCAAAUAAAAGAGCUGAUUUUUACUACCAA